AGCAUAUUAUGUGAAGUAAAAUGUCGCCUCAGCGUCAAUGAGCGGUUGAACUUCUAACUCGACGUUUACUGUGUAAACAGUUGCCAACAAUAGGAACGGAUCAUAGGAAUGCAUUUCGGGAAAGUCCUCUCCAUAAAGUUUUCAGGAAAUUAUUAUUUUUUCUCUCCUUCUCAGAAGUCGUUUGGUUUAAUCGAUCAUACCGGAACUCAACGCAAUACACUGCAAGGUUGAAUUUUACGGUAUAAAUAUAGAACUGUUGAGGUAUUGCUAUAAUCCUAUUUUUUCAUUGUUUUUUGCGCAGGUGAUUCGGGAGUAAUUAAAGUCUGUUUCAACUUCGAUUUUGAAUUCGACCAUCGUUGUUCAAUCUGACGACGCCUGAUCUGUUUGUGGUCGUCAAUACGCACGGAACGUUGGUUGAUUGAACCGAAGCUGACAUUCUGAUGGUUUUAUCGUCAUUUGCCUGCGAGGAAUCAAAUCAAAGUCGACCGUUUGAAUCUGGAGGUGAAGUGUAGCUGGAGUUUACUGAACGUGACCUUAUUCUACCCCGUCAUUUCCCGGGUAGUUCUCGUGUAUACAUGUUGAAAGAGAAAGAAAGCUGGAAAGUCAGCGUUCGAGGUUUGAUUGUUUUUAUAAAAACUGCAGAAUUACUUAUUGGGCUCACUUCGAAGUAAGCUUGAAUCAUUAAACAUGACUGAUUUUAUGAACCUGACAGAGAGCGUGACAUAUUUCGUGUUCGACGACGUCAGUGGAACAGAUUACAAUAACAGUAGUGAUGAAGGAGGAGGAGGAGGUGGUGGUGGUGGGGAUGGUGGUUAUGGAGGUAAACCUAUGAUCUGGGUCAUCCUUGAAGCCCUUAUUGGCUUCCUUGGCGUUUUAGGAAAUGGACUCGUACUUUUCGUCUUCUUUAAGGACAAGUCCCUUCGGAAUCUCAUCAACUCAUUCAUUAUCAAUCAAUCCAUCAUCGAUUUCACCACGUCUUUUGUAUUCUUGCUGAUCUGUUUCCUGCCGAAGAGUACGUUAGACCCAACCAGCUUGGCGAACCUCAUCUUCUGUCAAAUCUGGGCCUCUGAGUACGUCCUCUGGGCCCUGUUUAUUUCAUCGAGUCUCAAUCUCGUCAGCAUCACGCUCGACCGUUACUGUGCCAUCAUCUACCCGGCGAAAUACCGCAGUUCUGCCAAGAAGCUGAAACGGCGGAUCAAGUUGAUUUCGGUGGUGACCUGGUCGUCCGGUUUCGUCCUUGACUGCUACUGGCCCGCCAUCCAUGUCAUCCACCCUAUCUAUGGCUGCAUUCCGGGUUGGACCAACAAGAUCAUGCAGGGAGUCAUCGGCGUGUUCAUCUUUUUCAUCACAUAUGCUGGCCCUCUGGGUGUGAUGGGGUUCAGCUAUAUCCGCAUCUUGUCCAAACUGCGGAGGCCAGUCGGUCAACCUGCUCCGACAAUGUCUUCUAAUUCCACAAAUUCAAAUACAGGCGAUAGAGCUAUGCAUCCACCGAAAAAGGCCAGGUCGGAGAGAAGCGAACGGGCCUCUCGUAAUGUCAUCAAGACGAUGCUUACGGUUUCUCUUACCUACGCCAUCUGCUGGGCUCCUAUCGCCUUCAACUACUUGGUCUACAACCUCGGUGGGCCCUUGGACUUUCAGGGAAUCUGGUACGCCGUGACGAAAAUUUUUGUGUACGCUAACUUAUGCGCGAAUCCCUUCAUCUACACGAUGCAGUAUCAACAGUUUCAAAAAGGCUUCGAGAGGGCGUUCAAGGUGAAGAUAUUCAAAGGUUUGCCGGACAGUGCUGAUCCUACCAAGACGCAACCAAGUGCCGCUUCUGAGGAUCGUCAAGUUGAUGUCUCUGUAUAGACAAGAGGAAUAUUAUAAGUGUCCAAAAAUCUGAUGAUGUUUCCACCAUUAACGAAGAUAAAGAUACCUGAAUAAGGAUGCAAAAAGAUUGUAAGACAUUGCCAUUUCAACCAUAAAACGAUUAAUUUCUUGCCUGAACUCCCCAACAGAAAUAGUGCAAGUGUUUGUAAAAAUCUAUGAUAAUUCGACCAUGGUCCACCUAAAUCAGUUACUGUAUCUGGGACUGGGAGAAUUGAAAAGACACUUUGUGUGUUCUGUCAUGUCCAUGAUAUAACGGUGUAUUUCUUCUGUGAUGGAUUCUUUCAGUAUUUUUAGGCAGGGCCCUGGGAACAAUUUUUUGACUGGGGGUGCUGAUGUAAAUUUGAAAAGCAAUUAGCAAAAACAAGGUUAUCAGUUCAAACUGGUAAUCAAAUUGGUCCCGAGAAAUUUUUCAAGCAAAAAAAAGGGUUUCAAUACAAAAUAAAGGUCAUUUUGGUUAUAUUUUCUCAAUUUUUACACAUCUUCCAGAAUACCUGGGCGUGCUGCUUAUGGAGAAUAAUACACGCAGCAACCCCAAUAACACUGUAAAAUUUAGCACUUACAGUGCUUGUAUAGUGACUGCACUACGAGUGCUGAUUUUCUAGUUUAAAUUUGAACUAGAAAAUCAGCAUUCGUAGUGCAUUCACUAUGCAAGCACUGUAAGUGCUAAAUUAGCACUUCACUUUUCUACAGUGAAAAUACACGCAGCACCCCUGCUUCCCAGACCCAUGUGUUCAGGGUUGGUGCAAGAGUAGUGGGGGUGUGGGGCAAUUGCCUCAGUCCUAUGACGUAUUUCAAGAGUGAUUUUUUAACUGAAAAAUUACCAGAAAAAAAACCAUAUAUAUAUUCACAUUGAAAUUGGUAAUAGUAAAAUGCUGUAGACAUAAAAUCAUUUAGAGUAUGACUUUACCUUUCACUUUAGAUGGCUACGCUCUUUUUAAAAUGAUAUUAUUUCUACGGCAUUUUACAUUACCAACUGUGAUUAUUUUUUUCCUUAUAUGCUGAAGCAGUAUAUAUAUAUAUAUAUGUGUGUGUGUGUGGGGGGGGGGUGUGUGUGGGUGAGGGUGUGUGUGUGUCCAAUGAAUAUUGUGCGAAAACAGAAGAGGAAAGAAAGAAGAGUAUAUACAGAAGAUGGGACUGGGUCGUGGAACUAUAUUUGUUUUACUGAGAAAAUAUGUUGUCUUGCUUCUCUCUCUUCUUACAUUGUAAUACCAACUUCAAUGUUGGUUAUGUCAGUCAAGGAGUCUACCGAAUUCAAAGAUAUUUUGUUACAGCGUAUAUUUUUCUAUCCAGAAUUUGUUCGUGAGAGGCUAAACAUGGUUUGAAUCACGGAACUGUCACCAUGGCCACACCACGUUCAAUAUAUGCCUGACAAUCAAUACGUGGAUGACCAAAAAUGAAAGCAUAUGCUCAAGGUGAUUUUAACAAAACUUGAAUGUAUAUUUCUAAGCCAUCAAAUUUUAAUUUCGCAUUUUCUUUUCUCAUUCCGAUGCAAUUUCAUGUCACCGGGUAUAUGGAUUUAUAGAUGAUGAAAUUUAAACGUGUUGAUUGACAGGGGAAAAUGUUGUAUUUAUGCGUCCUCAAAGUCAAAACAGCAUCUUUGUGCAUGGAUCUAGGUCCAUGCUUUGUGAAAUGCACAGCAACUUUGUUUGAUGUUAAUUGACAGUAUAAUUAUUAGUAAAAUAGUUUCGCAGAAAAAAUGUUCGGUGUCUACUUGCGAAGAGAUAAAAAGUUGCAUCGGUGGCGCAUUGUAUAAUCUUUACCUUUGCAUGUUCACAGUAUUCAAUGUUAUCAUUUGGACGUUUUUAGUUUAGUUCCCAUACACUCAAGUUAUUGCUCUCUCAAAUGACUGAUGUAAAACAAUCUAAAUCAGAUCUGACACAGUAAUCAAUUGAUUCCUUCUUCUGAACAUGUGUUUUCGAUGUUUUUAUUACAUUCUAAAAACACUGAGUAAAAUUUUACCCAAUAUUGUAUAUAUUUAUUGAUAAUAAUAAUCAUCAUUAUAUCAUAACGGAAGGAUUUCUUGCAUACUUUUGGUGAAUUUUCAGUAAAAAUAAGGAAGUUUUCAAAAUUUCUGGGGGCAACUGCCACCCUGCUGCGUACAGCCAUGGUGACUUCACUGUUUCAAGUCAUUUUGAGCGAUUUUUCCCCCUUCUUGAUUUUCAUUCAAAUCAACUUGAUAAGGUUUGGCCAGUCUAUGGCGUAUCACCAUAAGUGACGUAUUACAUUUAGUUAUUCCUCGUGAUAUUAAUCACGAUUUUUCAUUCUCCGAACAACUCAAUUUUUUUAAAACCAAACAUGCAUCAAAUAAAUCGAACACUGUUAAAUACAUUUACCUAGGUUUGAAUAAUAACAUGAAUUAGUUUUUAGGAGCCCGAGACAAACAGACUUGUGAGAGAGUUAAGAUCGAUCAAUUCCAAUUGACCUUGUUACUCAGGCGGGAACCGUGAAAUGAAAAUAAUAUUUAUUGAUAUAUAUCAUGCUUUACUAUAAUGACAUUACAUCGUUUCGUUUAUGUUAUGGUGGUGUAAAUAUGUCGCGAUACAAGGAAUAAAAUUGUGGUUUUCAGUAA